UUCGUCAUUGGCAUUGAGCUUCGAGCAUCAUCACAACUUUCUUCGUCAGGCUCAAUUGUUGGAAGGUCGUAAUCAACAGCAUACUCGAAAUCCAUAUCGGCUCCAGGGAUACGACAAUGGCGUCCAAGACCGCAUCCAUGGCUCUGCGCCUCGGCACCCGUACUGCGCAGCGAACAGCCGCACGCGCUGUCGUGCUACCAACGAAAGAAGCAAGCAUGGGUCUGCGUAACUUCACCACUGCCUCCAGAAACAUUAGCAACCUGCAACUGAGGCCAGCGAUCAGCAUCGCUGGUCAGGUAUCGCAGAGGAGGUACAUCUCCGAGCGCCCAGAUGGCCGCGGUAGAAUCUACGAUUUCGAAGACGUCCUCUCCAUCCUCGAAAACCCGUCGGACUCCCGCCUCCUAAUCGACGUUCGCGAACCCCACGAAUUCGGCACAAACAGCAUCCCGACCGCGAUCAACCUCCCCAUCACUUCGCACCCAGACGCACUCCUCCUUUCCCCCGCAGAAUUCCAAGACCAAUUCGGCUUCGCGAAGCCUCCUACUGGCAAGGAAAUGGUCUUCUUCUGCAAAGCGGGCGUAAGAAGUAAAGCUGCAGCUAGUAUUGCGAGACAGGCAGGCUAUACGAACGUUGGCGAGUAUCAGGGCAGCUGGGAUGAUUGGAAGAAGAGGGGUGGACCGGGGACGAAGACGCCGCCGCAGGCUGGCGGUGUUGGAGAACGCACGGGGCCUGUGACUGAAACUAAGAUCUCGGGAGGGAAGACGAGUGGAGAGGAGGACAUUGGGACACAGGGAGUUCCACAGCCGCCUAAGGGCGGGCAGUUCGGGACGCAGUAGACGGAAAGCCUUUAAAAGCUUCCAGAUGCAAGGCGGUGAGAGUAGGCUGUGUAACGAAUACAACGUAGCAAGUUCACGUUGGUCGACGAAUUGAUAGUUAGAACAUCUCCGACUUUGGUGUUGACUUCGUGGAUACCACGCUUUCGAUAGCAGCCCUACACUACGAGCACCGGUCCACGAGGUCUAUGCUAAAUCACACUUUACUGAUAAUCUAGCACUUUAUCCCGAGUAAA